GGCAAUUUCAAAUUUAAUACAAACUCCGAAUUAAAUAAUGGACAACUCAUAGUAUGUCGGCGUCCUAACGAAAAAUAUAAAAAGGCCGCUAACAAUUUUAUUGCUUGCGCCAAAUGCAAGGGCUUUUUUUCAAAAAAUACAAUUCGCCAUCAUUCUCGAAGUUGUUUUGGAACAAAAUUUACAAAAAAUAAAUGUAUUAUGGUGAUGGGUAGAAAGAUCACAUGUAGAUUACAUUCAUCCGCAAGUGAACUUUUAAGGAAAACAGUUUUUCCAAUCCUGCGGGAAGAUGAAGUGAUUCGUGCUAUAAGAUAUGAUGAAUUGUUGAUUUUAUAUGGAAAUAAAUUGUGUAUGAAGUAUAAGUCGCAACAUCACCACGAUAUGAUUCGUGCUCAAUUACGUCUUCUCGGUCGUCUCUUCUUGGCGAUGAAAGAUAUAAAUGAAAAUAUCGAAAGCUUUGAAUCCAUUUAUAAUCCCAAGGUAUAUGAUGACUGCAUAUGUGCAAUUAAUAAAGUUGCAAAAUAUAAUUCUGAAACAAAAAUGUAUGAAACGCCUGCAGUAGCAGCAAAUUUGUCAACGUUAUUGAAACAUAUUGGAAAUAUCCUUAUUAUAGAGUGUAUAAAAAAGGAAAAUGUCGAAAAAAAAAGACAAGUCAAGGAUUUUUUAAAAUUACUAGUCGUAGAUGUCGGAACAAGCAUCAAUACAACUGUUGUAGAAACACAAACGGCUCACAAAAGGCGUAAAAAAAUUAAUCUUCCAACAUUAGAAGAUAUUCGAAAAUUAUACAGUCAUUUAGAAGAAAAACGAUCUGAUGCUUACAAGGAACUAUACCAAUCGUUCUCUUAUUGCCACUGGAUUUCUUUGGCUGAGGCAACAUUAACUUCCAUACAUGUGUUCAAUAGAAGUCGAGCAGGAGAAAUUGAAAGAAUUUUGAUAGAGGACUUCAACAGCUAUGAAAAAUUAAAUAAAAAUAUGCAUAGUGACAUGUAUCAAUCGUUAUCUACAGAAAAUAAGAAAAUUGCUCAAAAAUAUGUAAGAUUUUGCAUAAGAGGCAAAUUAGGACGUACAGUCCCUGUUCUGUUAUCAAACGAUUUAUUUCAAAGCAUUACUUUAAUUUUAAAGUUUCGGAAACAAGCUGGAGUAUCAGAAAAAAAUCCAUAUGUUUUUGGAUUGCCUGGAAAUAAUAAAGAAAGGUAUAAGUAUCUCAGAGCAUGCGCGUUACUACGAAAAUUUGCAGAAAAGUGUAAUGCCAAUCAAUCUUCCACUUUGCGUGGUACAAUACUAAGAAAGCACGUGGCUACAUAUUGCAUCCAAUUAAAUCUAAACGAUAUCGAUAUUUCGGAUCUGGCUAUGUUUAUGGGCCAUUCCGAUAAAAUUCACAAGGAUCAUUAUAGGCAACCACUGGCUAGUAGAGACAUAUUAAAAAUAUCACAAUACUUGGAAGCAGUACAAGGUAAUACAAAUAAUUCGGAAGCGGAUUCAACAGAUAACAAUUCCGAAAAUGAUGACGUAUUAAAAGAGAAUAGCUGUAUUAACAAUGAUACAGCAGAAAAAGAAGAUAAAUCUACAAAUAAUUUAAACAUUUCUGAUAAUUUAAAUAUUUCUGAUAAUUUAAAUAUUUCUGAUAAUUUAAACAUUUCUGAUAAUAGCAACAUUCAGGACGAGCAAAAUAAUAGUAAACGCAAACGAUCUACAUCUCCUUAUGGGAAAACUAAAAGAAUUCGUUGGUCUAAGGAAGAAAAGGAAACAGCAUUACAGGCAUUUUCUAAAUAUAUGGAGAAACUGAAAUUACCAUCUUUAAAAGAUAUUCAAAUAGUAAAAAAAAAUAUACAUUGCUUGCUAAACGCACUUCGCCGCAGAUAAAAACGUGGCUUCAUAAUCAACAGAAAACUAUACGACAUCGGUUGUCAUAAGUUCAAUGCGAAUAUUCUAAAGAAUACGUUCUAAUAACGUUCACAAGGAUCUUUUCUAUUUUUUUAUAUUGUUUAAAAGUAAUUCUGUUUUUAUGUUGUUUUAACAAUGUAAAUAGCGAAAGAUUACUAGAUUACUAGAUUCGUACAAAUUACUUUAUUACGAAAUGCUAAGAUAUUGAUAAUUAAGAUUUUAAUUUAGGAAGCGUAAGAAGUAUAUUCAGCAUCUUAAUAAGAAUACAAAUAAGAGUGCAAUUAUAAAAGUACAAAUUUUUUGCAAUAA